AUGGCGAAUGUGUGGGGAUCCAGGGAACCUGCACCACCAGUCAUGACAGGCAGUAAUAGGAUCCUGAGCAUAGAAAUAGCAUCCCCCCUGCAGCUGGCGCUCUUUCAUCAUCCCCAUAAUUGCUUUAUUUAUUCCACAGGUGUGAAUAAACACUUCCAAAUGAUGAUCAUUCAUGACAAGCUUAGUUCCUCUCUUAACUGUGAAUUAUCAACACGAACCAUAUGGAAGAAACUGGAGACUCUCUACGACUUGGCUGCCUUGGAUGAAUCGGAUAAGUUACCAUUCCCAAAUGAUGAGAAUGAUUUUACCCUCCCGGAUAUAGAGUUUUCAGAUCUUUUAGAUGAGAGGGUAAAGCCAGAUGAUAAAGAAGAGAAGGAAAGUAGAGCCAGAGGAAGACCACCAAAGAAAGAAGAUAGGGACAAGGAUGAUGUCUCCAGCAGACGAGAUAGAGUCCGAGAAGUGCGAGAGGAGGAUGACGACACUCCCCGUAGGCAAGGCAAGCGUGGCCGUGACUCUAAACCUUCCUCCCCUGCCCAUACUCCAACUUCCAACAAGAGACGCAGAAAUUGACUGAAGUUACUUUUAAUGGCCUUGGAUAUUAUUUUUUGGUCGUUGGGGAUUCAAGAAUAUCAUUGUUCUUGAGAAUAAGGAAUGUAAGGCAUUAUGGCAAGAUUUUGAUAGUGUAUAAGCUUAGCAUUUUAUAUUUUUGUGUAAUAUUUCAUGUAUGCAAAAAAUGUGUAUGAAAUAUGCACAAGAAGGAAGUCACGGUACAAUUAUAGUAGGUAAUCAAUCAAUGAUUUUGUUAAUGCCAAAGUAUUCAUUUUCUUUAUAUUUUUGUAUGUUUGUUUUUAAAGAAAUCUGAUGUAAAUAUAUAUUAUAAAAUUUGAAUGAAAUACAGAGGGAAUUUUAAUUUUCUGUUAGAAAUUUUUGAGAGCUGGGAUAGGGAGGAGGGGUAAUAUGAUAAUUGAUAUGUAAUUUAUUUUCUUAAAAUAUGGUUUAAAAAAAGAAAACUUACUGCAAUGCCUUAUGAAAAAAUGAAAAAUAUAAGCACUUCACCAUGACAGGAAUCUGAAUUUAUACUAUGAAAGAAAAAUGCCACGUAAACACACUCUUAUAAUGGAUAAAUAGCUUGGGAAAAUGAUAUGUUUAUAUCACUUUUUCUUCGCUCUCUCUUUGCUUACCACAUAUGAGAGGCUUUUGCAUAAAACCUUCCUUGAGGUUUUUCUUGGGAGAUGGAAUUUUAUGUGUAUAAAUUUAACAUGGAGUUAUGUAUAGUAGUUGAUCAAUCAUUUCAUAUCAUAGCCUUCAGAUUCCACGUGAAGUUUGUGAUGUUUCAGUGAUAGUUAAUCAUCUCAUUUAUUUAUGCCAUCAAAGGUCAUGGUUUUGGAAGUAAUCAUAAAAUGAGUUCAGUGUUCUAUAUGUUUAAAAAGGAAAUAUAGACAUUUUUACCAACCAUCUGAUGCAUAUUUUGUUUGACAUUGUGCUAUGUUUACUUCAGUGGCUUUUUUCACCAAUAGUUUACAAAAGUUUAUGAUCAUUAGUGGAAGAAGGAAAAUGCCAAAAUAAUAAUUUUGAAAAUGGCCUCAGGGUUUGACUGAGAUCCUUCAUAUUUAGCAUCUUAAUAUUAAUGUAUUGAUAUUUGCCAUUAUGAGUCUACUGAAAACAAAUAGCACAGGUGCAUAUGUUCAUCAUCAUCACUGCCGUUUUAGAUAUAAGUCACUCAUUGAACACAGGUUGGUAUAAGGUAUAAGAAAGAUAUAGCACUGUCUCUACGUAAUGAACAUGUUAUGUGCCAUCCAUAAUGAGGUGUUAGCAUUAGGCCUUAGAAUACCUUUGGAUUAUUAGUAGUACUAAUAUGCUGGGAAGGAAAAAGGGAUUAGACCAUUCUUGUUUUCAUUCCCAGAUAAAUUGUUUCAUUCCUAUGUUUAUCAGAUAUAUGUGCUUGACAAAUUGUUACAGAUAAUUUAUUUUCUGUAUCUUCCCUGAUAUUAUUUACAAGUCAUUAGCAUUAUUAAAAUUUCUAUAAUCA